AUGCCACUUAUCUCAGACCGAGACCCUACUAAACCGUUCGGCAAGCUGAAGCUAUCUGAAGAGGAAACAAAGUUCUCUAAGAGGGGUCCCUGUGAUCGCGUUUUUGUGUACUGGGAUGUAUCCAAACACUGUCCUCUCCCUCCUGCUUGCCGUAUUCGAUAUCUCCUUGCUUACAUCAACCAGUCUCUGGGGAAGCUAGAUGAGAAACUUUUUGUAGAACACGUCACAUUUGUUGGAGAUUCCGAUUCUGUGACCGAUAUCCAAAUUAAAGAAAUUCAUAAUAAUUUUCAAAUGACUUGGAAAGAGGCGUGUGACAGAGAUCCAGUAUGCGACAGCUGUAAGAAGCCUGAUUCCGAAUACGAGGGGAAAAAAGCUGAAUCGGCAGAUGCAGUGAUGGUGCGAGAGCUCAUGGGUCAUGCAUAUGACUAUCCUGCUCCUGGAUAUGUAAUGGUCAUUUCCGCCGAUUCCAACUUCUCCAGAGCUAUGCGUUUUAUGGGAAAACGGGGCUUCAAGGUGCUUCUUGCACACCAUCUUAAAUCCCGCCCGAACUUCCAUACUUAUGCGGAUUUCUCCUGGCUGUUCCCCGGGAUCAUUGACGGAGAAGGCCCAAAAUACGACAGGAACGGUCGAUUGCCUGAUGAUUUCAGCCCAAUCAGUCUUGGCUUCCAAAUCCCAAUCCCCAGGGCUGAAAGAGAAUUUGGCCUAAUCAAUCCAGAUCCCAGCGAGAGAAACAGCGAAAUUCCAGGCUUUUGGGAUGUCGAGAACACGCCAUUGCCACAGGGUUAUCUUAUAGAAGAACUGAUUCCCAAGAUCAAUCUGGCUCUGUCUAAAUUCAAUAAUGGGCACAAUCGUUUGAAGCUGUCUAGACUUAAUGUCGUAGGGAGUGAUGCUGUACAUGUGCUAUCUGAAUCUCGUCGUCAAACUCUCGUAUCCAGUGGUCCACAGUUUGGUUGCCAAGUCCAUGUUGAAACACCAGACCGAAGAAAACGUAUCUGUUCCUCGUGCCAAACACCCUACAACUCACCUAGUCAACAAACGUACCAAGAUGAUUUUUCCAGGGUGAUAGAUGUUGCUGAUUUCCUCCUGACGGAAAAACUUAUGGAGUAUCUCGUGAACUUCAGAACUCCUGGUUUUGUUCUUCUAAUCUCUGGAGAUAAGGAUUUUGGGCCAACUCUAGCUUUCUUAAGGAAGAGAGGAUUUAAGAUCAUCUUAGCUCAACCAUCCAUCAAGAAGGCAACCACAACAGAGCUUCAUUCUGAGGCACACCUAGGCUGGAAAUUUGAAGAUUUGCUUGAAGGCAAGGAACCAGUAUGGUUUACUGAAGUGUUCCCUAAAUACGAUUGGUGA